AUGUCUGAUGAACCCCCACCAGUAGAUAACCCCACUCCUGAAAAUCCUACCCCUGAGAAUCCUACCCCUGAGAAUCCCACUCCCGAGAACCCCACUCCCGAACCCAGUGAACCAGCCACUCCCGGAGAGCCAGGUGGCUCAGUCAUCAGCAACACCUGCCGAUGGGUUCACCGCCGACUUCACAACUGCCGUCUGAUGUACCAAAACUGGUGGGUAGGAGUCAACAUUUGGGACAUGAUUUUCCUGGAGAGUUACCGGGCCGAACGACGAGCUCGUCAUGCUCCUAUUGCCAAACCCACCGGAGUUCAUCUCCCAUUAGUAAACUAA